AGAGGGGAGGGAGGUAGGAGUCAGGAUAAGUAAGGUGUGAGGAGGAGAACAUACAAGGAGAGUACUACCAAGGUGAAGACAGUACAAGUUUAGAGGAAAUGAUGGAGGGCGACAAGUAAAGUUUCUCCUGGACUGUAGACAUUGAUUGAUGACCAGCGAAGGAUAACAAGGCACAAGAAGACCUGCCUUGCCCUGUGGGGGUUCCAAGACUGAGAACCUGGACUGACGACAUACAGCCGUCAUGGCUGCAGAAAUGGAAGUUCGGAUCCAGCGAGAAGAAGAAAGAAAUGAAGCAGCUGUGGAAAUGGGCCAAAGAGCUAACACUCCAAGUACAGACCUCGUCCAACCAUCGCAGCAGCCCAAACCUACCUCAGAGGAGCCUAAAGGCAUAGAGAACACGGCAUUUGUUGGGGACCCUCCACCGUAUUCUCCCCCGGACCCUAAGAUUGCACAUCUGCUGUACCCCAAUUAUCAAAAUAACUUCUCUGGCUCCAUGGCUGUCAUGUACCAGUCUGGCCCGACGUUGCAGAAUGUCUACGCACAUCAGAACCUGCCGCCAGGGUCAUAUCCCUAUAUCAUAAAUGAUGGAUCAAUGGGCAUGCCGCAACCUCCCCAGCCAGAAGUGAGGACUAAAGAUUACAUGGUGGAGUCUGUGCUGGUCAUGUUCUUCUGCUGCUUCCUAACAGGCAUCAUUGCCGUGGUCUACUCUCAUGAGACCCGAACAGCUCUGAGCAGAGGAGACGUCCUGCAGGCCCAGGAAGCCUCCCGGAAGGCCAGAUCUCUCGUCCUCUUCAGUCUUCUCUUUGGAGUCUUUGUUUCAGUCAGCUGGAUUAUAUAUGUAGUGGUCGCUAUCUUUUUAUGAAAGGGCAUGGAGUCCAGGAAACCCACACAUGUGGUUUCUACCUUACUUCCAUCAGAAACCUUUCAACAUACCACUCAUCAGCUGAAUUAUCAGCCAUCUAAACCCCAUCAUAUGUAUGGGAUCUCUCAGCACUACAUAAGACAUUGCCUGGACGCGAUUGUGCUGAUUGGGAAAUACAGAAAUGUGUAUAUGUACAGAAAACAUUUAAAUAAAAAUAUACAUUUUCUUUUUUA